UCCUGAAAUAGCAAAGCUCUUAGCAAAUACGGAAGCAAAGGACACUAUAACAUAUAUCGAAAAUACUAUAAAAGAAAAAGAGAAUCUUGCAUAUAUUUUCACCACUGGAAUGCAUAUUGUUGGCUUGGGUAUAUUAGAGUACGUAAAAUUUAUCAAAUGCACUAUAGUAUACCCAGUGUUUGAACCACAUUAUAGGUUUUUUGCUAGAGAAAUGAUGAGGCUAUCGGGAAACAGUUCUCUUCUGUGGCUUACGGCUUAUAGAAAUAAAUGGACUAUACAUAAAGCCAACUCUAUAGUAGCUUCAAUGGUACCGUUAACACCAAGAACUGUGGAGAUUGACUGCGAUGCUGUUCCGGAACUUAAAAAUCUAAGUAUUUUCACUGAAAAAUCAAUUCCAUUCAGUAGCUGGUUCAUUGAACGAAAGUUUACAACAAUACCCAAAGCGGACGUGAACACUCGCAUUGUAGUCAUUGGGGCUGCUGCUACUGGAUUAGGAUUCUUAAACGGUUUACUCUUUAGUAAAACAGCCACAUAUCUAACAUUUAACAAUGUGACUGUAAUAUCACCGAAUGGUUUGCCAUAUACAAGGCAUUCGAAACCGGUAGCCGAGUCUAUGUUUCUUCGAUCCUAUGUCACUACCGAUAAGAACCUGAAGUGUGUUCCCUACUCCUACUACGUGAACGUCGUACAAGGAACUUUGAUGGAAAUUGAUUUACAAGAAAAAUUUAUCACAUUGACAAGUGGCAAUUGUUAUUAUUACGAUCUUCUGUUUUUGUUCUUUGGUAAGCAGUAUCAGCAUCCUGAUCAUAUGGUGCAGUUGAUACAACGAGAUAUCGAAUACAAGCAUAAUUUGGUUACAACACCAUACAUAACUCUCGAUAAACCGAGGUUUAGUGACACAGAGAUCCAAAUAGCCAAUGAUGAGACGCCAGAGAAUGUGUUUAUAAUCAACUCCGUUGGUGAAGCGAAUAAAGCUUUGGAUUACGUCAAAAAUAAUAUAAUAAUGUUCAUAUCAUAUCAUAUUUUUAUAGAGAAAAUAAUAGUAUAUGGGUCUACAAUCCACGCGUACUUAUGUGUCAAUGCACUUGUGGAUAUCAAAAUUCGUCCACAAAAUAUAAUAUUCAUAGAGCCUUUCCCUCCAGAGCAUCCUGAGAAGACAAGAGUACCUGUUUUUGAUAAUGUAACAGUGGAUCAAACAGUAAUCAGUGUUUUGGAUCGUCUACAGAUAAAAGUCUAUCGAUCUUAUUACUUUAAAUCGUGGUCUGUAACAGUUGAGAACGUUAUUACGCAUGCAGAUUUCUUGUCUUACGCUGAUUACUUGAACUUGGAGUGCAGUGCGUUGUUCUAUUAUGGAAGAAUUGGAGUUAAUAUGAGAGCGUUUAUUGCCAUUCACAAGAGUGGAUUAGCUUACGAUGGAGGCGUAGUUAUAGAUUAUGAGUGCCGUACAUUAGACCCUUACGUGUUUGCCGCGGGUCCUUGCACGAGGUACCAUAAACGUUACUAUGCUGAUGCACAAAGCCAUAAGUAUUACGACAGCACAGAAAUUGGAGAAAAGUUGGGCAUUCAAAUAAGGAAGCAAUUAGACCCGGUGUUUGAGGGGGCAAAAGAAACAUUUACACAUAGGUGGGCCCAAGCAGAAUUUAUGAGCUGCCUUAGAGGUUCUACCAUGUCGAUACAGUCGCUAUGCGCUGGACGUCUACACUUAAGUGAUUAUGCAAGACCAGAGAUGUCGUUGCUAACACUAAAUAGACCCAAGGUCAUGCACUGCGUCCUACCCGGAGGGCUGAAAUAUUUGGAAGUCCGCUCGCCAGGUUUGAAGACGCCUCACAAUUACGUCCAAUCAUUGGGAUAUAACGGAUUUGUGUUCGAGACUUACAAAACAGGUUACUUUAAGGUGCACCUGAACAAAGAAUUAGUUGUUGACGGUCUUACUUGCUUAUGUCAAGGAAAUUUUUCGUUAGAAAACUUUAAAUAUCUUUAUGGACGACCGGCUUCAGAGCUAAAUAAUAUGCACUUGAGGUAUAUGGCAAACAAAUUGGAUGACUUCUUUGAAUUCUUUCGAUCGCCGUGGGCGUUCUUUUUGUACCACGACCACACUAACGAUCUUUUCUCUAUGAUCAAACAGUUGUACCCCAAGGAAAAAACCGACGGACUUACACUUAAAGAAGCAUUGUGUAAGGCUGCUGCAAAAAUGACCAGAGAUUGCCCGACAUUAACAAUGACUUCAAAGUUAGACAUGCAAAGAUGUUUCGAGAACUCCCCGCAUAUAGGAGCACUGACGGAGUACUUGAUAGACUGGCUGUCUCAACACGACAUACUCCUACCUAUGUACUUACAGCCGGGUAAAGUAGGGUACUACGGAUAUGAUCUUGACAACAAUCCCUUCUUUAUGAAGAAGGUUAAGCGACGUGUAUCUCGCAUGAUAUUGUGA